AUGCAAGCUCAUAUUUCAUCCAAUUAUCUUACAUCACGCGUCCGUAUACGGAAUCGGGGUGAUAAACCCUUGGGAUCAGCUGCAUCAAAUACUAGCACCACGAACAUAGCAUCUGCCGUAAAGGACACCAGUACGCAGCACCUUUGGGCGCCAUGGAAGAUAAAGAUGCCGGCCACACUUGCGCCCAGGUUGUUCGACUUUUUGUUGGCUGUUUCGCUAGUUUUCGGUGGAUGUUGCACGAAUGCCUGGACUCUAGAGCGGGUAUUAAAUGAAACACCUUCAAUAGGCACGACGCUAUCGUUCCUUCAGAUGCUAUUUAUUACCAUUCAAGCUCUUCCGUCAGUCAUCCAGUGGGAUACGCCUCUGUGGAGUUCAGUACCACUACCGUCGCUUAAACCUCGAAAAAUACCCCUGUCAGUGUGGACAUUGCAAGUUGGGCUCGUAUCUACCAUAGCUAUACUCAACAACCUAACAUUUCGAUACAAGCUCCCGCUAAGUAUUCAAAUUGUAUUACGAUCAGCAGGCCUAAUCGUUUCGAUGGCCCUCGGAUACCUUUUUGGGUGCAAACAAUACAAUAAGACCCAGCUCUUAGCCGCUCUGAUCGUAACUGCAGGAGUGAUUACGACAACCACUUCUAAAACGACUUCGGCAGCAUCAUAUCAAGCCAACACCAAGGAAUAUGCAUUGGGAGUGACCUGCCUUGCUCUAUCGCUUCUUGGGUCUGGGGUACUUGGGCUGUACCAAGAACGAACUUUCACAAAGUAUGGUCCACACUGGAAGGAGGGUGUGUUUUAUAAUCAUGCAAUGUCUAUCCCUAUCAUUUCCUUCAUGUGGUCCGAGAUCUCCGACGGGUGGCGAUCUCUCGCCACUUCACCCUCGAGCAAUACAAUCUUUUAUGGGCUUACUGGACUCCACGCGGUACUAGCAUUCAACGUUGUCACCCAAGCCGUAUGCGUUUCGAGCGUAAAUAACCUGACUUCGCAAGUUUCAUCUGUCACAACUAACCUUGUGCUUACCGCGCGGAAGGCCGCGAGUUUGUGUCUGAGUAUUUGGUGGUUCGGGUCUGGGAUUUCGACGAGGCUUGCGAUUGGCGCUACCUGCGUCUUUGCAGGUACUGUGUUAUACGCUCAAGCGAGCUCUCAAGGCAAAUUAACUACUGCUCAACCCACCCCCGCCGACCCUCCGUCCGAUGGAAAGCUACUUGCCGAGAAAUCAGAGUCUCUUUAG